ACUAACUGAGACGUAGCCAUAGUGUAGCCAUGUUGGAUUACCUGUCAUGGGUCAAUUGGAGAACUAUGAAUGCUCGAUCGUGCUAUGAGGCUUGAUCAAUCAGUCCUGCGUGUGUGUAUUCCCUCACGCGAGUUAACAUCUUCGAAGGGCGCGCCCUUGUCAAGCCACAUAUUUUACUCUAAACCUUAUUUGUUUUCUCUCGCAAACAACAAGGAGCAAUAUGCGUGGAACUAUAUAAAGAGAUUCAUGAUAUGUUUCAUACCCUUCCAUGCUGCUCCUUUGACUUUGAAAUUCCGUCACCUUUCAUAUAUCUACAUUGUCAGUAGCUAGCUACCUAGCAGACACCUUCGCAACUAUUAUUAUAACCUCCAUCGUUGGCAUAAAUCUCAGAUCCUACGUCUCCAAUGGCCACCGUAUCCAUCCCCUCAACAUUCGCCUCCUUCACCGAGACAUGGUCCCCGCGUCUAGUAGCCGCCGUGAACGACCAGCACGUGAAAAUCGCCAGGCUCGACGGACCCUUCAUCUUCCACGCACACCCCGACUCAGACGAACUAUUCUACCUACUGUCGGGCGAGCUGACGCUUGAGAUCGAGUCCGGGGACACGGUCGAGGCCGUGGUCAUGAAAGCCGGAGACGUCUACGUCGUGCCCAGGGCCGUGAGACAUCGUCCCGUCGCUAGGGAUGCCGAGGUCCUGAUGAUUGAGCGGAAUGAUACUGUUAACACGGGAGAUGCGGAGGAUCGGCGGCGGCAGAAGGAUUGGGUGGAUGUUAGGGGUCAGUGAGGACGAGUUUGAGGAAGCGUAGAAGACAGAAAUGGGAGGAUUUC